UAUCAGCAUCAGUUGUCAUCUCAGCAAUACAUGUGAAUAAAUAAGUACAUUUUGUUUUUGUUUUUUUAAUUGAUUUGAAAUAAGUCCUUUUGUAUAUUAUUGUUUUGCCAACUGGUUAACUCAUACAAAUUAUUAGGAGUUUGUCAAAUUCAUGUCAAAAUCAUGAUUUCCACUAGAGCUCCCUCUUCAGUUUCUCUCAAACAAUUUACAGUUUUAGGGAAUGUGGCAAUGGGAAGCAGUGCUACACAGUCAUCCACCCAUACGUCCUGGUCUGCCAAAAAAGCUGUCGAUGGUAUUAAAAACAGCUGGACAUCAUGUUCUUCAACUGGUUACGUGACUAACCCGUACUGGAGGCUGGAUCUGCUGAAGAUCUACAGAGUUCACAGGGUGGUCGUAACUAACAGAAUAGACUGCUGUCCAGAGCAAACAACUGGAGCGGAGAUUCGGAUUGGAAACUCCUUGAAAAACGACGGCAAUGAUAACCCCGUAUGUACGGUCAUUUCCAGUAUUCCGAUUGGUGCGUCCUCCACAUUCUCAUGCGGCGGGAUGGUGGGACGUUAUGUGAACUUGAUCAUUCCUGGAGAGUGGAAGUCCCUUACUUUGUGUGAGGUGGAGGUCUAUGGGAGAGGUACUACUACUGAUUAAUGUGAACCAGCUAACUAGGCACAGAGUAAAACCUGCUAAAAUUGCUUAAUUACAGGUUUAACACUGUAAAGACUGAUAUAAAAUAAUAGUCAUAAAAAUCGUGUUGUCAUAUUUGAUAAAUAAGGGUUUAAAGGAUUAGUUCACUUUCAAAUUAAAAUGU